ACCCGGCGUCUCCGCUCGAUCGCACCAUGAGCGGCCCCGGCGGGGCGGCGGGGAGCGGAGACCCCCCGACGGGCAGCGAGACCCCUCCGGGGGGGAGCGAGGAGCCCUUGGUGCUGCCCCGGGACCCCCCGAUGCUGCCCCGGGACUACGAGCUGGCCGGCAAGGUGAUGUUACUUGGAGACUCAGGCGUGGGGAAAACCUGCUUCCUGCUCCAGUUCAAAGACGGAGCCUUUCUCUCCGGGACGUUCAUAGCCACCGUGGGCAUAGAUUUCCGGAACAAAGUGGUGGCUGUGGACGGUGUGAAGGUGAAGUUGCAGCAGAUCUGGGACACGGCGGGACAGGAGCGUUUCCGCAGCGUCACUCACGCCUACUACAGGGAUGCCCAAGCCCUGCUCCUGCUCUACGAUAUCACUAGCAAGAUGUCCUUCGACAACAUCCGCGCCUGGCUGACCGAGAUCCACGAGUACGCCCAGAAGGACGUGGUCAUCAUGCUGUUGGGCAACAAGGCUGAUGUGAGCAAUGAGAGAGCUGUGAGGAUGGAGGAUGGAGCAUCACUGGCCAGGGAGUAUGGGGUGCCUUUCAUGGAGACGAGUGCCAAGACAGGCAUGAACGUGGAGCUGGCCUUCCUGGCCAUUGCCAAGGAGCUGAAGCAGCGCGCGGUGCAGCCGCUGGACGAGCCCCGCUUCCAGAUCCACGACUACAUCGAGUCACAGAAGAAGAAAUCCAGCUGCUGUGCCUUUGCCUGAGAGCAGCCAGGAGGAGUCAGCAGCCCUGGGAGCCUGAGCCUGCCUUCAAGCACCUGAGGGAACCCGGCUCUGACAAGCCAAGUGUGGACAGGAGCCAUCACUCCAGCAUCAGGAUCCAGGGGCCACAUCCUGCUGCCCUGAGGGGCACUGUGGGGAAGAACCACGGUGUGGUGACUGCCAGCCUGGCCAGUGAGCCACGGGGAUGCCUCCAACACCCAAGUAGCAUGCAGGAUACAGCCCCACACAUAACUGAGGGUCCCUUGGAGCAGCAGAGAGGUCCUGUGUGUGCCACGGCCAAGCCCCUGUGCUAUCCCCAGCCCUCUCCUCCACUGCUCUAGUCUGGCUGGAAGGGCCUCAUCCAGACCCCCAUGUCCCUGGUGCUGGUGCUGCUCUGGCUUCCUUCUAGGGAGCCUCAGCUGUGCCCCUGGGCUGCCCCGUGCCUGGGUGCAGCCGGUGCACACACACACACAGCUGUGACUCCUCGCUGCUGCGGUUGCUGCUGUUGGCUUUUAUCUUCCUGCCAUUGUGAGAGCACCAAUGUCCCCACUGUGUCCCAGUUCCCCAGGAUGGGGAAGCACCCAGCCAAACCUGCUCCCUGCCCACGUAGCUGGGGUGAGAAACAAACCUGUGCUGAGAGCACCUGAGUGACACUUGGGGCACUUCUCAUAGACCCAGCCAUAUGGAACACCCUUUUUGCCCCCCUUUUGCAGCCACAGGAGUUAGAGACUUGUGGGUUUUUUUGGAUUUGUUGUUUUUUUUUUUUAAUGAGGAAAGCCCUUUUCCUUUCAACCCCUCCAGUCAAAACCCUCUCUGGCCUCAUGCAGGCUGGAGCUGGAGUGGAGAUGCCCACAGUGGCAUUGGGCUGCUGUGCCUGCCAGCUCCCAGGGCGGGCUGGGUUUCUCCCCCAUCACUUCACAUAUCAUAGGACUGUUUCUUCCUGAUGCUGGCAAAUAGCAGCUGAAACCCACUCUCUGGAGAGCAGAUGCCUGAGAUGCUUCAGCCAGCAACCUCUGCAAUGCUGGGCACCGGUGAGGUGUGGGGUGUGAGUCUUGGCCCCCCUGUUGCUGCUCAGGGCUCAGCUUUGCCUUCCCAACCCCUCCAGAACACUGCUGCAUCCCCCCAGUGCUACCCAGGGUGGUGAGAAGGUGGAUAUUUGGAUAUGUAGCUGAAGAGCUUAUGCAAGGGCAGCUGCAGAGGGCAUGGCACUGCUGCAUGUAGGAGUCAGGGCCUGUCCUGCACAUCCAUCCCCCCCAGCAUCUUCCCUGGCCUGGCUCCCAAACUGCUCAUCUCACUUACCCUGGUGCCUCCUUCGCCUCUGCUCUGCUCCUGGGGCUCUCGUAGCAAGUUUACAGAUUAAAGCUGGGUAUUUUGGAGGCUUUGCA